AUGAUAAAGAGAGUCGGAAACUACGCCCUUGGCAAAACCUUAGGGGAAGGCAGCUAUGGAAAGUAACUUUCACUCAGAGUGAGGCUUGCAGAACACACAGAGACCGGCGAGCAGUUCGCUAUUAAGAUUCUGGACAAGGUCAAAAUAAAGCAAGAUAAUUUGAUAGAAAAUUUAAGGCAAGAAAUACAUAUCAUGAAGCAUAUCCGGCAUCCGAAUAUAGUCAAGCUCUAUGAGGUCCUGUCGUCUCAUUCCAAAAUCUACUUGGUCUUGGAAUUGGUCACUGGUGGAGAGCUGUUUAUGAAGAUCAGAGAAAAUGGUCCGAUGCCUGAAGAAGAAGCUAGGUAUUAUUUCCAGCAGAUUAUCUCAGCAAUUUCGUUCUGCGAAACUCAUAAUAUAGCACACAGAGACCUCAAGCUUGAAAACGUCCUGCUUGACAGCGAAGGGACUGUAAAAAUCAGCGACUUCGGCCUGUCAGGGCUUUUUAAAUUUGAUAGCGUUAAUAUAGGGCUAAUGCACACAACUUGUGGAACUGUAAACUAUUUGGCACCUGAAGUGUUUGGAAAUCAAGGAUAUGAUGGGAAUUGUGCUGAUAUGUGGUCGUGUGGGGUGAUUUUAUAUGCGUUACUUUCGGGAACCUUGCCUUUUGAAGAAGAAUCGAUAUCAAAGUUAAUAGAAAAAAUUGUAUCUGCUGACUAUGAAAUGCCAGAAAAUAUAUCAAGCUCAGCUAGAGAGCUGAUUUCUUCGAUUUUGAACCCAGAUCCCAGGUCAAGACUCAGUAUUAGGAAGCUGAAACGACACCCCUGGUUUGUGGUGAACUACGAAGAGCCAGAAGGAAUAUUUGAAGACCCAGAACACAACCAUGAAGACAUGCCAGAACUCUAUCGACAAACGUCAGAAGUCCCUAGGGUGAUGAACGCUUUUGAGAUGCUUAACUAUUUCGCUGGGAGCGCUAUGAAUAAGCUAUUUGACCCUGAAGAAUCAGAACAGACACAUUUUAUUACAAAUGCAGACCCUGCUGUCACUGAAAGAGCAGUCAGGAAAGCAAUGAAAAAUGCGAGCAUGAAGCCAAGGAAAGGAGAAAAGGUUUAUAAAGUGAUUUAUGAUAGUAAGGACUCUCCAUCAUUAGCAAUUGAGGUAGAAAUCCUUGAGAUCUUGCAGGAUAAAUAUUUAGUUAUUUUUACAAGACAGAUAGGAGGAAUUGCGUCGUUUAAAAGGAUUUUCCAUGCAGUUUUAGAAGAGCUGUCAAGUUUUAUAUCUAAUUCAUAA